GUAUGCAUUUUACCAAAGAAAAAAAUCUUGAGCAUAUCAUAAAAUGAGCUCGAAUACUAGUUGUUCCCUUUUGAUUCUUCUCUCUUUGCUAGUUUUGUUGAUCCUUGAUUUUGCUAAUCUCACUGUUUCCAGCUCUUGUCCUAGGAAAUGUGGAGGAAUCAACAUCCCGUACCCAUUUGGAAUCGGAAUGGGUUGCUAUCUUGAGCACUCGUACGAAAUUGAGUGUGUUAAUUAUUCUUCCUCUAUUCCAUGGAAGUUGGUCCCUUUUCUUUCCGCAAUACGCAAGGAAGUUGUGAAUAUCUAUCUCCCAACGUCAUACAUGGGGGUAUAUUCCAUGGACAUGGGGUUUGUUCGUAUAAAAAACAAAAUAACUUCAAAGGGGUGCUCAAGCGACGGAGAAGAGCAUGUGUCACUUUUGAAUUUGACCGGUACUCCUUUUUACGUUAGCCAUCGUAAUAGAUUGAUAGCGUCCGGUUGCAACAACAUGGCAUCAUUGACGAAUGUCGAGCCAAUUAUGGUGGGAUGCAAGUCUAGCUGCAGCGCAACAAACCGUACAGCCUCAAAAGAUUAUCUUGCAGAAAUCUAUUGUGAUGAUUAUAGCCAAAUAUUGGUGAAAACAAGUACAAGUUGUAAUGGAAAAAACUUCAAUCAAACAAGCUGCAAUGGGUUUCAAUGCUGCGAGACAAACAUGCCUGCUCAGAUUCAACAGAUUGUUGGUGUGAGAAUUGAUAGCACCACAACAACCGGAGGGUGUAAAGUUGCCUUCUUAACAGACGAGGAACACUCUUUUUUAAAUGGUUCUGAUCCGAAACGGCUUCAUGCGAAAGGAAAAUCAACAGUUGCGCUAUCAUGGUUCAUCCAUACGACAAAUCGUUCUUAUGUAGAUUCUUUAGGAUGCCAAAAUCUUGAAAUUUUCAGACAUUUAAGGGAAAAAACACUUGAAAGUACUUAUGGAAUAAGUUGUAUUUGCGACUAUAAUGCUUAUCGAAGCUAUGCAAGAUGCUCAUGCAAUAAGGGUUACCAUGGCAACCCAUACCUUCAGGGUGGAGGCGGAUGCAAAGAUGUUAAUGAAUGUCUAGAAAACGACUAUGAUGGAAAUUACAAAUGUAUGGGAGGGACGUGUGUCGAUUUGCAGGGACACUAUGAAUGUGAGUACAAAAAACAUCGGCCACUCGCUAUAGGAGAUAUGCAGCCAGAUGAGUAUGUUAGCGAAAAUGAGGAAGAAAGAGAGGAAGGAGUUGUGGAAGUUAAUAUAAAGGUAGAAUCAUGGAACAAUGUGGCUGUUACUGCUCCAACGUAUCAAUGCAACAUUGCGGCAUCAUCUUCAUUGUGGUCAGAUGUUGAACCAUUGUUUCCUCUUCAGACACUAUAAUACUCAAAUCUCACGUACCACUUUAUAAUCUCAUGUGUUUGGUUUCACAUUCGAUUUUUGGGUUUGUGUGAGAAGAUAUUUCUAUUAAAGUAGGUGGGAAAGG